AUGCAGGAAGAAGCAGAAAACCUGGGGGUUGGGACACCAAUCUCUGUGUGCAGUCGCUGUCGUCGAUCUGGCGAGCUAGCUAUCUCCAAUAAUGUGAACGUUAAUGUGGUUGUUGCGCAUUUGUACGUGGACAUGGAAGAGAAAGCAAGAGUAGCAGCAGAAUCUAGAGCGGCGCUGCCGAUAGCAAAGCCGAGUUGCCAAGAGAAAUGCGGAAAUGUCAGCAUCCCAUUCCCUUUUGGGAUCGGACCUGAUAAAGAUUGUUACUUCGACGAAUGGUUUGAAAUAGACUGCAACCUGUCUACUAGGCACAAGCCUUUCUUGAAGCUUACACAACUGGAGGUGCUCAACAUUUCCAUCAAAGCCGGCGCGCUUCAGGUGAACAGCCCCGUAACGUUCUUCUGCAACGUAAAAGGAAGUAGCCAGCCUGCUGAUCUGACCGGAAGCCCUUUCGUGUACUCUCAGAGACAAAACAGAUUCACAGCAGCGACUUGCGGCUUUGUCUCGUUGGUGAGCUCAGACCAGUCUGUGGUUGGCGGGUGUAGGUCAAUUUGUGAUAAGCAUUAUAUCGGUAGAUACUCUGAUAGCUGUGAUAUUGGUACUAAUUGUUGCCAGACGAGUAUUCCUCCGUAUCUCAGAGUUGUCACUGCUAGCAUAAUGGUGGAAGGACCGAGCAACAUGACUGGCCGAAAUGACAGUAGAAUGCCGGAUUGCAGUGACUAUGCGUUCCUGGUUGAUAAAGAUUGGUUUGAGGCUGCAUCAAACUAUAGCGCCAUUAGGCAUAUGCUCCAUGUUCCUGUGGCACUGGAAUGGAGUGUUAUCAACGGCGCUGCUUCGUCGGUUGCGUUUCGAGGAAAUGAGAAAUGCCAUAUUGGCACUUCUUUGGCAUUCAAUCAGUCGGUGCUUUCUUGCAGCUGCCCACAAGGGUUUGAUGGAAAUCCCUAUCUUCUGCAACCUUGUCAAGACAUUGAUGAGUGCAAAGAUGGUACUAAACGAUGCUGGCCGGGCAGCAAGUGCGUAAACCUUCCGGGUUCGUUCAAAUGCAAGGACAACAAGGAUACAAUCAAAUUGGCACUUGCAGUUUCUGUAGGUCUUGGUUCAAGUCUUGGACUGUUAUUAUUACUUAUUGGUGCAUGGUGGGUACACAAACUGGUGAAGAAAAGGAAAAACAUCAGACGGAAGGAAAUGGCAUUCAAAAGAAACGGGGGUUUGUUGUUAAAAAGACAGUUAUCAUCUGGUGAAGUUAACCUUGAGAAAAUAAAGUUGUUCAAAUCAAAAGAGUUGGAGAAGUCCACUGAUAAUUUUCAUGUUGAUAGAAUCCUUGGCAAAGGUGGCCAAGGUACUGUCUACAAAGGUAUGCUAACAGAUGGAAGAAUCGUUGCGGUAAAGAGGUCUACAAAGGUGGACGAAGCUAGACUUUCACAGUUUAUAAAUGAGGUUGUUAUUCUUUCACAAAUCAAUCACAGAAAUGUGGUUAAGCUAUUAGGUUGUUGUUUAGAGACAGAGGUUCCUCUUUUAGUCUAUGAGUUUAUUCCAAAUGGAUCCCUUUCUCAAUAUAUUCAUGAGCAGAACGAGGAUUUUCCACUUACAUGGGAAUUGCGCAUAAGGAUUGCCACGGAAAUUGCAGGAGCUCUUUCCUACUUACAUGGUGCUGCUUCGAUUCCCAUAUUUCACAGAGACAUCAAGUCGACAAAUAUAUUGCUAGAUGAAAAAUACAGAGCAAAAGUUGCCGACUUUGGGACUUCUAGAUCAGUUGCCAUAGACCAAACUCAUUUGACAACACUUGUGUAUGGGACAUUUGGUUACUUGGACCCAGAAUACUUCCAGUCGAGCCAAUUUACGGAUAAAAGUGAUGUGUAUAGCUUUGGAGUAGUCCUAGUUGAACUUUUGAGUGGACAAAAACCAAUCUCUUCGACAAGAUCACAAGAAGAAGGGCGGAGUCUUGCAACACAUUUCAUUAUUUUGAUGCAGGAUGAUCGACUAUUUGAAAUUGUAGACGCUCAAGUUUUGAAAGAAGCCUCUAGAGAAGAUAUCUUAGUAGUUGCCAAUCUUGCAAGAAGAUGUUUGAAUCUGAAUGGCAGGAACCGCCCAACAAUGAGAGAGGUAACAGCAGAGCUCGAGGGGAUUCAGAUGUCACAAAACACAAAUAAUGAUGAUGAGGAGCAAAAUCAUGAAGAAGUUGAUAUUUUCAGGUAUGAUUCAAUUGAGCAAUGGGAUGUUGCAUCAACUUCAACUGGAACAGUAACAGGAACAAGGUCAGGUGUGGCUGCUGGUCCGCCUUCAUCGUCAUCGCAAGGAAUUGCACUGUUAUCUCUCUAG